AAGUAUGGUAGUAUCUAUAUAAACCUAGUCCCCCCUCGCCAUCGAUCGAGUCAACCGCUUCACCUCACACACGGACUCUCUCGAUCGCCAAAAAUUUCCGGCAGAGAAGAUUUCUUUCAACAACUACGUGCACUCAACAACUUUUGUCUCUCAACCCUCAAUUCACAACAGCAACCAUGCGUUCCCCCACCUUUACCAACUCCCUCGGCUCCCUCGCCAUUCUCAUGUCCACCCUCACCCUCGCCCACCCGACGGUCCACGCCAUCCCGACCCCCGACCUCCUCGGUCUCGACGACGACCCGACUCUCAACGCUACCGCCCUCCAAAUCCUCACUCCUCCCGAACCCCUCACCGUCCUUCCCCCCGACGACACAAUCACCAUCACCUCCAACUCCAGCACCAUGAGCACCCUGAGCAUCGCCACCACCGGCCCCUGGAUCGCCGGCUGCAUCCAAGUCGACAACAUCGGCACCGGCAGCCCUGCCUCUUCCAAGCACAUCCGAGAGGGCAUCAAGUACCUGCGUGGCGUCCCCGGUCAGCCACAAAUCACCCACUACGGGUGCUCGCAGGUGAGCUGCAGCUACAAGAGCGCCAUCUUUUGGUGUAACGAGGAAUUGGGGUGGGGGUUGCGACUGAACAGUUUUGCGGAUAUUGCGGAUGGGGCGCAGGCGAUCAUGGACCGGUGCGGCAAGGGGAAGGACGUGAUGGGGAAGUCGACGACGGGGUGGGCGCCGGAUCAGCAGAAGGGACAGCAGUGGAGUGUUGUUGUUACGGGAGGGGAUUGUUGA